UUCAAGCGAUGACAAAGUACUUAAGCAGUCCAACAUACCUUUCAGUUAUCGAAAUACCGAGUUCGAAAGUGGAGAGUGGCUUAACGCUAUACUAUGGGACGAUCAUAAAGGCUUUGCUCCUUUUGCAAAAUUAACGUUAGAUAUGAAUGAUCCGAACAUGCUUUUCAAUUAUUCUGCUAUUGACUUACCAGCAAUAACUAAUCCUGAUUUACAAGGUCAAUAUGACGUUAAAAAAAUAAGAAAAAAAUCUCCAAUGGAGAUUGAUAAAUCAUUAAAUUUCGAUGCAUAUAAAUCUGUUGCUUUUGACGACAGCCCACCUUAUGAAACAUCUUUCGAUAAUGAGCAAAUGGAAUUUAAAAGACGGCUCAAUUCCGGACAAAUGUUUGUGCAUCAUUCUUUGCCCGCUCUCCAAUUACACAUUCAAUAUUUUAAGACAAAAUUCACAAAGUCCGAUAUUCGGGCAUUGCAUCGCCCGGCGAUUCAGUUCCCUCUUAACAAUGAGAUCCAUCUUAGCAGGAUAAAGUCACAUAAGAAAUUGAAAAAGAGAAAACAUUGUCGAAAACGAGAGGAAAUGCGGAGUCCAAAAGAUUUAACAUUGAAAGAUAACAGUAAUUUUGUUUUACUAGAGUAUUCGGAAGAAUAUCCACCAAUUAUUUCUAACAUUGGAAUGGGAAGUUUGUUACUUAAUUACUAUCGUAAAACAGACCCGUACGACACUUAUGUUCCUGAGCUCAGCGUAGGUGAUCCGGUAAUACUUGAUAUGAUGGAUGAAUCGCCUUUUAUGAAUUUUGGGGACGUUGAGCGAGGACAAGUCAUACCUUCAUUAUUUAAUAAUUUGAUUAGAGCUCCAUUAUUUAGCCAUGAUGCCAAAGACACUGACUUCUUGGUCAUUAGACAUACUUAUAAGGCUAAGUCGAAAUAUUACGUGCGUGAAAUAAAAAAUCUUUUCGUUGUCGGACAAACUUUUCCAAUGCAAGAGGUGCCUUCACCACCAUCUCGAAAGGCAAAAACGACAGCAAAUAACAGGAUUCAAGUUGCUGCAUUUAGUCUUAUGAAAAAUAAUAGGUAUCAUUACCUAAUACAGGAUAAGCUUGCUAAGCGAUUUCCUGAUCAUACAGAAUUUACGCUUCGUACGCGUUUAAAGGAUAUUGCCGAAUUAGCUCGUAAGAAAGGAAAUGUUUACUCGGGUCCAAUAUGGAAAUUGAAACCGUCAAUCCGUCUUCCAAGCGAGGAAGAGCUUCGGAAAAUGUUGACACCGGAAAUGAUAUGCUUAGAGGAAAGCAUGAUGGUUGGUGAACGGCACUUGGCAGAUGCAGGAUACAAACCUUCAACCAACGAAGAAGAAGAUGGCGGUAGCAAAGCCAAAAAUGACGAUGAUGAUGUUCAAGAUGAUUCUAAGCUCGCCUUGGAAGAGUCCAAGCUACCGAUUGAACAACAAUUGGCGCCUUGGAUAACUACACGGAACUUUUUAAAUGCCACACAAACAAAUGCUAUGUUGAAAUUACAUGGCGAAGGUGAUCCAACAGGAAGAGGCGAAGGCUUUAGCUUCAUUAGGAUCUCUAUGAAAGAUAUUUUUUUGAAGGCUGGUGAAACUGCCCAAGAAAAACUUGCGGAAAUUGUAAAUAAGCCUAAAAGUGGACAUAAAUAUAAUGUUGUAGAACAAUGGAAAAGAUAUGGUCAAGAGGUUUAUCGAAUUUGGAAUGCUCAACUCUCUUCGCUUAGCAGACGUGAUGAAAUAAUAUCUGAUACGGAAUUAGAAAGGCAUGAUGACUCUCGUAUUACGGAGUCUGGGCAGUACUUGCAAGAGCAAUUUAUGAACAAUGACGACAAUCAGAUGGAUAUUGACGCUGAGAUCCAGGAAAUGAUUGAUUCAACCAUGCCUAGUAGUGAAAUGUCGCCCUCACCGGCUUUAGCUGAUUUUGAAGACGUAGCCUCUCCUGACGGUAGUAUUGGUUCAAGGGCAAAUUAUAAUUGUGGCUCCCAUCGUAAUAGAGCACUAUCUAUAAAUAGAUUGAUACGGACAGAAAAUGGCGAAAAAUUUUGGACUAAAACUCUUGUUACAGAUCCAGCUGUAAUCAAUGCAUAUGUUCGUAACAGGCAAUUAAUUGAAGAACAGUUAUUAAGUGCUGAGUUAUUAGAACCAACUAAUGACGAAGAAAAAAACAAAAGAAUGAAAAAGAGAAUUGAAGAUCAAUUGGCCAAGCUCCGACGAAAUCAAGAAAGACGUCAACAACGUAAAGCUGCACGUGAGGCAGCUAAGGCGGCAGUAUCAGCAGCAACAUCUACUCACACAGCCAUCACAAAAGAGAAAAAACAUGAGACAGUCAGACGAUGUGGUAAUUGUGGUCAAAGUGGCCAUAUGAAAACAAAUAAAAAGUGCCCACGAUAUGGACUAAGUUCAAUCGUUGAUACACCUACGACAGGUCCAUCAUCUUCCCCUGCCAGUACACAAGAUUCUUCCGUCAUAGUUAAAAUGGAAG